ACUCUGAAGUCUGAUACAUGUAACCAAGCUUUACGAAAUUUCUUCAUCCAGUCAAAGUUAUAACCCUAAUUACUUUCCCCUCUUCCUAUUCGUGCAAGUCUUCUUCAGACAUUGCAGAAUCUGACUUUCAUAAUCAAUUUCAGCUCCGGUACAAACUUGUGAAGUAGUGGUUGUUAUCUGAAUUCGAAUGAUCUCUUAACGAUUCAACUAAUGUCAAAUUAGUGUAGAGUGGGUGGUGGUGGGAGACCUCUGCGGAUGAAGACUUUCAAUUUCCGAUAUUCUGCAAGUGCAUGGUGAUUGAUUUGAUCUUCUUUGAUAAAUAUAACCUGGGGUGGUCUCCAGUUUCGCUUUGAGGUUACUAAUAAAAAUGCAGGUAGAGCUUAUGAUCAUAAACAUUAGAAUUGGAGGUCCCUAAUAAGCUGGCCAAAAAGAUGAAGAUGAGAUUUAGACUCACCAUUGCUUGUAUUGGUAUCCUUGUUUCACUUCAGUGCAUUUCUUGCGAUGAGCAACCUCAAGGGCCUGGUCUAAACAAAUGGAUAUGCUCAUGUGCCUCCACUAAUCGAGGGAAUGCCACCUACUCAAUUGCUGCAAACUGUUCCACGCUUUGUGAUUGUAAUCCUGAAGAACCUGUAGGGGGUUCAAGUAGAGAAACAUGGACAUGUCUUUGUUCUGCUGAAGGAUUACCUAAAGUGCCUGACAACUUCCAUGAUUCCAGUUGUUUUACAGGCUGCAACUGCACAUUAGGUUCUGCUGGUGAGCCUAAAGUAGCGAGCAAGCGCAUUACAAAUAAGGUUGUUGUCUAUGUUCUCUUACUGAGUGUUGGGCUCACAACUCUUGCCUUUCUUGCUUCUCUGGGAUGCUAUGUUUAUCGAAGGGAUAAAUAUCCGAUGCAACCACCGAUAUUCUCAUCAGACAAGGACACAAGCUGCAAUAGUGCAACCAACCUCAUAAGUCAUGCGUCAACAUCAACAUCAUCUGUAUCAACGUUCAAACUCAAUACAAGUUCCUCAGUCAACCCUCUGUCAGGAUGCAUUAGAAAGGUAUCUUUCAUGUUUAGGACCAAAAGUGGAACUUUACCUGGAACCAUUUACCAAUUUUCGUACACUGAGUUGGAGCUUGCAACACACAAGUUUGACAAGUCUAAUCUCAUUGGGCUCGGAGGUAGUAGCCAUGUUUACCGUGGUCAGCUUAAAGAUGGUAGAACUGUAGCUAUAAAGCGACUAAAAACUCAAGGAGGGCCCGAUGCGGAUAAUGUUUUUCUAACUGAGAUUGAACUGAUAUCCAGACUCCACCACUGUCAUAUAAUUCCUUUACUUGGCUACUGCUCAGAAUCCCAAGGAAAACAAGCUGAAAGGCUAAUAGUGUUUGAAUACAUGCCUAAUGGUAAUCUUAGAGAUUGUUUGGAUGAGGUUCAAGGGAAAGAACCAAUGGAUUGGGUGACGCGAAUUAGGAUUGCACUUGGAGCUGCAAGAGGUCUGGAAUACCUCCAUGAAGCUGCUGCUCCCAGGAUUCUUCACAGAGAUGUCAAGUCAACCAAUAUUCUUCUAGAUGAUAAGUGGAGAGCCAAGAUAACGGAUCUUGGUAUGGCUAAACGGUUAAAGACAGAUGACCUUCAAAGUGCUCCAACUUCUCCUGCAAGAAUGCAAGGCACUUUUGGAUAUUUUGCCCCAGAGUAUGCAAUUAUUGGAAGGGCCUCCCUUAAAUCAGAUGUUUUCAGUUUUGGAGUGGUGCUUCUUGAGUUGAUCAGUGGUCGUCACCCUAUUCACAAAUCACCUGAUAAAGGAGAUCAAAGUCUUGUAAUAUGGGCUGCCCCUCGUUUGAAGGAUAGUAAGCGGGUAAUAUCAGAACUUGCUGACCCACUUCUGAAAGGUAACUAUCCAGAAGAAGAAAUGCAGGUGAUGGCAUAUUUAGCAAAGGAGUGCCUUUUGUUGGAUCCUGAUUUUCGACCAUCCAUGAGUGAGGUUGUUCAAAUCCUUUCUACCAUUUCUCCGGAUAAAUCAAGGAGACGAAGUUUUCCUGUAAAUCUUUUUCAGAACUCUUUAAACAGGAGUAUGAGAAGUUUAGUGGAGAUUGAGAAGACUGAUGAGCACACUGAAAAUUCAACUGGUAGUAGCAUGAGAGCUACAGUCGAAAUUGAGAAAAACGACGAGCUGACUGAAAAAUCAACAGUUGCGGAGGAGUUGAAACGAACUACAUCUGAGAGAUGGUCUCCUAGGUGUUCUUUGCCAUUAAGCUUGGACCGUACCCUAUGUAUAAGUGACAACAGUAAAGAUGGGGAAGUAGCUCUCUCAGCCGAUUAUAUGGAAAGAUUGGUUCUAUUAACUUCUAAAGGAAGAAGUUGGCGUGCUCACCCAGACGACGAGACAGUAGACCUGACAGAACCACGGUUUGAGUCAUUCUUGCAAGCAAACGUGCUUUCUGUAUAAAUAAAAGAGAAGUUACAAGUACUAGGAGUCUGGUACAAUCAGAAGCCAGGUUUUGGAAAGAAAUUUGUGAAAGCAAUUUCCCUUUUCGGCUAUGUUUCUGUUACUGUUGUGCUCAGUUGAUUAAUCCAAAAUUUGUAUAACUAUUUUUUCUAGUGGUUUUUACCUGCGUUUACUUAAUGUACAGUAAAUACUAUAAAACAAGGAGAAUCAUAAUCUAGAACAAUCACUCU